UUCAAAUUAUCUGACACUUUGCAACGGUCUGAAAACCGAGGCUAAUCUGACAGUGAUUAGUGUGAUAAUCAAAAUCACGUGGAAUAAACAAACAGAAUGGCUCUCAACUUGAAGAACGCUUUUUAUACAGAUCUGCUGCCUCACGUCACUUCGUCUGAUAAGACGUACGAGUUUGUGAAGGAAAUUUGCCAAGUUAUGCUCGAGUUUAUAGAGCAGUCGUUUGACCGUUCGACGAGGGUGGUUGAGUUUGCACAGCCUGACGAGCUUGCGUCUAAGAUGGACUUUACUCUGAGGGAUGGACCGGUUCAUUUGCAACAGAUUGUACACUAUUGCAGACAAGCACUGCAGUACAGCGUAAAGACAGGUCAUCCUUAUUUCUUCAAUCAACUCUUUGCUGGAAUUGAUGUCGUGUCUCUCAUGGGAGAUUGUAUUGCAUCAGCAGCCAAUGCCAGCAUGUAUACAUAUGAAGUCGGACCAGUGUUUGUCUUGAUGGAAAAUGAAGUGCUUAAGAAGAUGAUGGAGUUCAUUGGGUACACAUCAGGAGAUGGCAUUCUAGCUCCGGGUGGCUCUCUGUCUAACAUGUAUGCUUUAAAUGCUGCUCGAUUCAAAAUGUUUCCUGAGAGUAAGACAAAGGGAAUACGCCAUCUUCCUCCACUUGUUUGUUUUACAUCUCGAGAGGGACAUUAUUCAAUGAAAAAAGGAGCUGCUCUCCUUGGACUAGGAACUGACAGCAUCAUUCCAGUUGAAACGGAUGACACAGGCAGCAUGAAUGCGUCUGAUCUAAGGACUAAAGUUGUAGAUGCUAAGGCAAAGGGAUUAUGUCCUUUCAUAGUGAAUGCAACAUCUGGUACGACAGUGAGAGGAGCAUUUGAUCCUCUAAAUGCCAUAGCGGACAUUUGCCAAGAGUUCAACAUGUGGCUCCACAUUGAUGCUGCAUGGGGAGGAGCAUGUCUGUUGUCAAAAACUCAUCGCCAUCUUAUGAAUGGGAGUGAGAGAGCUGAUUCUAUUACUUGGAAUCCACACAAACUGAUGGGAGUUCCACUUCAAUGUUCAGCGUUUAUCACUAAACACACAGGAUUGCUGAAGGAAUGCAACAGCACGCAUGCCACAUACUUGUUUCAACAGGACAAGAAACAAUAUGACGUGUCGUAUGACACAGGAGACAAGGCCAUACAAUGUGGCCGACACAACGAUGUUCUCAAACUGUGGCUGACAUGGAAAGCACAAGGUCACUGCGGCUACGAGCAGCGUGUUGAUAAGGCAUUUGACAAUGCAAAGUAUCUGACUGAACAGAUAGUGAAAAGGACAGGCUUUGAACUUGUGUCUCAGCCAUUGUUUGUCAAUGUGUGUUUCUGGUAUUAUCCAGUCAGCAUGAGGCAUCUACCAGAUGGGCCAGAAAAGACGGAGAAACUACACAGGGUCGGCCCUGAAGUGAAGAAGAGGAUGACCGAGAAAGGCAGUCUACUGUUAGGCUAUCAACCCGUCAAAGACAAAUGCAAUUCAUUCAGGAUGAUUGUUCACAGUUCUGCAGUCGGCCACGCUGAUAUGGACUACGUGUUGGAUGAGAUAGAACGCCUGGCUGCUGACCUGACAUUAUGACAAUACAUUCAAUCAUUAGUCAUAAAUAAACAUACGAGUUACUUGCCUUUCUGUGGGUACACAAGAUGAAUGUCCAUCUGUAUAUCAGAACAGGUGUAGCUAAUAUUUAUGAAUUCCAAUU